CCCAGCUCCCGGGGGGUUCCCAGAUCCCUCUGCCAAUGACUGCCUGGCCUGGCUGUUUAAUAUUGAUGAGGGGGGGCCAGGCCAGCCAAUGGAAGGCUGGGGGUGUGUGUGUGUAUCUCCAUAUAUAUAAUACAGGGCUGGGUCAGCUCAGGUGUGUGUUAUGUAUCUGUGAGUGUGUGUGAGUGUGUGUGUGAGGGCUGGGUGGCCCUGGUGAAUUGUCAGGUCUACUCCUUCCACCCGGGCCCAACAUCUCCUCACCAUGUGUACCCCUUGCACCCACCCCGGAUCCUGUACAGCCAUGCAACGCUGCCCCCGAGGGCUCUAGAAAGCUGGUCACUAACUUUGCAGACGGAUGAUCCUGAGAAGCCAGAGGUGACUGGGGCCACCAACGUCACCCCCUGUCCUGCCGGCUGGGAUCCCCUGCCAGGGUCUUCCUAGGCUCCGGGCUGGGACGCUGACCAUGAAACCCUGAAGUGGCUCGGCUUGCCAGAGUUCAGUGUCCGGUGCCCUUCCUGCCCCUCCCGCAAUCGGCAUUCAAGCUCCCGGAGGGAGGGAGGGGUAGGGAGGGGAUCCCAAUCGCCCGGGCUCGGGGUCUUCCAUCAUGAUGCUCAACUCAGAUACGAUGGAGCUGGACCUGCCUCCCACUCACUCGGAGACCGAGUCGGGUUUCAGCGACUGUGGGGGCGGGGCGGGUCCUGAGAGUGCUGGGCCGGGGGGUCCUGGAGGGGGCCAGGCCCGGAGCCUAGAGCCGGGAGAGCCAGGUCGCAAAGACCUGCAGCACCUGAGCCGGGAGGAGCGCAGGCGCCGACGCCGCGCCACUGCCAAGUACCGCACGGCGCACGCCACGCGGGAGCGCAUCCGAGUGGAAGCCUUCAACUUGGCCUUCGCCGAGCUGCGCAAACUGCUCCCGACGCUGCCGCCUGACAAGAAACUCUCCAAGAUCGAGAUCCUGCGCCUUGCCAUCUGCUACAUCUCCUACCUGAACCACGUGCUGGACGUCUGAACUCGCCCCGGAGUCGCGCUUGCUCUGGGCUUCUGUGUCUCCUGUCACUGCUGCCUCUCGGUUCGGAGCGGCGCCUCCUCCUCCCCAGAACCCGCACCGAGGUGCC